AUGAAUCGCCCUCCACUUUUAUAUCUCCUCUUCCUCCUGCUAGUCCGAUCGGUAUACAGCACGGAAACAUGCUACUGGCCCGACGGCACGCCCGCAACAGAGGACGUCCCCUGCUCCGACGAGAAAUACGCGCCCUGCUGCCGCUCCGGGAAUCUGUGUCUGUCGAAUAACCUGUGUCUCAACGUCGCCAUCCAACCCUACGUGCUGUCGCGGGGCGCCUGUACAGAUCCGAACUGGAACUCGGACAACUGUCCGCAGUUUUGUACAAACGUCUCCCGCAGCUCAGGCUCCUCGCUCUUCCCAAUAGGACUCAACAGCAACAAGCUAGCCGAAUACUGCUGCAACGACCCCGUAAGCCACGGCUCCCAGGUGACCUGUAGUUCUGAUUCGGGCAGUCCGUUCUUCGUCCCGGAUGCUACCCUUGUGGCAGGGUAUGCGGCGCUGGCGAACGUGUCGUCGCUGAGUGCGUCCAGUACCGCGUCGAAUAGCACGUCGUCGCCGUCGCCGUCGCCGUCGCCGUCGUCAUCGUCGUCCUCGGGCUCGAACUCGAGGGAGGUCGCUAUUGGGGCUGGGGUUGGUGUGCCCUUAGGGGUCAUUGCUCUGGGGGCGAUCGCUUGGGCGCUCUGGGAGAGGAGGGCUAGAACGAAGAGUCUUGCGGCUGGUGGUGGUAGUGGUGGUGUUGGGGCUGGAGGUUGGGCUGGGGGAAAUGGGGUUGUUGCUUCGUCCGCGGCUGGAAGUAACUCACUGUAUGGGAUUCAACAGCGUGAGACGGAGCAAUGGAAGAAUCCUUCUAAUCCUGUGGAGUUGACUACGGUGGGUAGGACGCAUGAGUUGGCGUCCUGA